AUUUAUUACUCUCGUAUUUUUACUGCUCAGUAGCGAGAAGCGGUUGUGGGAUUUUGUGCCUCAGAGUCAAAAUCGUCGGACCGGCCUUGAAUACUCUGCACUUUGACUUGGUGGGGGUACCAUUUGCUAUUCUGCCUCAUACACCAAAAUGAAAACUGUGCAGCGGAAAAAAGAGAGAGGCUAAAGUGGGUUUAUUGUGGGGAUGAAAACAUGCAUGCACUUGGGUCAUGAGUUCUCAGCACGUUUAGCACUGUAAACGUUGAUGUAUUUGCAGCAGCUGCUGCCAACCAAGGCAAGCGGUGGCCUGUGCACUUACCCAGCCCCAACACGGGGAUAUUUAAGCCAUUGGAAAGGGGAACCGUGGACACCCCCACCGCCUUCCCGGACUCCCAAGAACUCAUGCUGAGCCGUUUCCACCUCAGUAGCAAAGGCACCAUCCACUCGCUUCCUUCAUCUCCUUCCCUAGGAGAAAAACUCGCGGGUUGAAACUCGCAGACGCGCCAGGAGCAAAAAAGGGUUGCCCUUCUUUCUCGGCUUCUGAUGCCGUAAAACGUCGCAAAACAACAGAGCAGGGGGAUCUCUUUGCGGCUGGGAAUAAAACACCCAGGAAGCCGAGGUGAAAGCAUGGAAGAGCGAAGGCAGUAGAUUUAAAAAGCAACUGGCAGCGCACGUGUUUCAAAGCCCUCCAUCCUGGAACUGACUUCUGUUCCCUUCCUUGAAUUAAAUCAUAACAAUGCUUUACUUAAUUGGACUUGGACUUGGAGAUGCCAAAGAUAUUACAGUAAAGGGCCUGGAGAUAAUAAAACAGUGUAGCCGGGUGUACUUGGAAGCCUACACAUCAAUCCUCACUGUCGGAAAGGAAGCACUGGAGGAGUUCUAUGGCAAAGAAUUGAUUCUUGCCGACAGAGAAACAGUAGAACAAGAAGCAGAUGCAAUCCUGAUGGAUGCACAUCAAUGUGAUGUGGCUUUUCUUGUAGUUGGAGAUCCUUUUGGGGCAACUACGCACAGCGACCUUGUUCUCCGGGCAGUGAAGCUGGGGAUCCCCUACAGAGUCAUCCACAAUGCCUCCAUAUUGAACGCUGUCGGCUGCUGUGGUCUGCAGCUUUACAGUUUUGGAGAAACGGUUUCCAUUGUUUUCUGGACAGAUAUGUGGAAACCCGAGAGUUUUUUCGACAAAAUUGCAAAAAACAGAAGAAACGGGAUGCACACUCUCUGCUUACUUGACAUUAAGGUAAAAGAGCAAUCUCUGGAGAAUCUCUUGAAGGGGAAGAAGGUUUAUGAGCCACCACGAUAUAUGAGUGUGAACCAAGCAGCACAGCAGCUUCUCACUGUUGUUCAAAACAGGCGACUACAAGGGGAAGAGCCAGAAAUUACAGAAAACACAGUAUGUGUAGGCUUAGCAAGAGUGGGUGCAGUGGAUCAAAAGAUUGCUUCAGGUACUCUACAGGACAUGACUACAGUGGCAUUAGGUGAUCCUCUACACUCCAUGAUCAUAACUGGAACUUUGCAUCCAUUGGAAGUGGACAUGCUUAAACUCUUUGAAGUAGAUAAAUCCAUCUUUGAACACAUUGCUGAAUAAAGUCCUGUCUACGCUCAUGUUGUUAGCUAAAUCUUGCUUGAAGAUAAGCAGUACUGUGCAAAUUGGCCCCAAAAACAAGAUGCACAACAUUGGAAAAAGAAAAAUUUAUUGAUAAGAAAAUUGAUCCCAAAUAUUGUCUCAAACAUAUUAGCUGUUUAAAUAUUUAAUAGAGACUGUAUUCAAGUAGAAAAAAGAUGAAUUAAAAUGUCCAAUAUUGCACUUAGGGCAAGUCAGACUGGCUACUAACUUUUGUAUUCCAAGACCAAUUACAGUAUACACAAUUAUCUGUAGUCACAUAUUAGAAUUUACUAAAACAUUGAAGUCCUUAAACUGCACUGAUACAUCAUGCAUCUAGAAAUAGAAUAGGCUGAUUGAUAGCACAGUUCUGCUUUAUGUGCAAGUUAGGAAAUGAGGUUUCAGCAGUAUUUUCCCAGGGUUUCAGAGGGAAGCCAAUCCAAUCUAAAGCUAUGAGUUUAAAAUUUUGGCAAUAAAAUCACUGUGCCCAUCGGUCCUUCAUGACACACCUCUGGGAUAUGAAAUAUGCAAACACUGCUUCUGUUAAAAAGAUUUUACACAGAGAAUUGAUCCCAGACCAAAAUAAAAAUCUAUUCUGAUAAUAGACAGUGAAAAUAGGUAAAAUAUUCCCCAUCCACAGUUGAAUUUUUGACUGCCGGAGAGCUGCCGUGUGCUCUGUGCACUUUCAUGAGGUUCCAUGCCAGCAUUAUAGGACACCGCUCUUAUAGGGUAAAAUAGAAUUGUUAGAAGACUGAAGAUCUGAUCAGGGUAGGAAACAGCAGUUAGAAGGGGGGGGGGAACUUUGUAGGAUUAUUACAUUCUACACUUUUUGCAGCAAAAAUUCAACCAAAAGCAAUUUAGAAAAUGCAUUACAAGGUUAGCCAAGGUAAAGAACUUUAUCUGAACCUGGUUUCAUCCAAAUCAGAUCAGCCAUAUUUGAAAGAAAUAGCACUACAUUUUUUCUUCAAAAACGUAAUUGUUAAUUUUAUUUGCACCACAUCCCAGUUCUGGGAUAACCAACUAAUAGCAGCUUAACUGCCGAUCUCCGUUUCCUCACAUCUGUUCCAUAUCAUUCACACGGUAAAGUGCAGUAAGCAUCCAUUCUUCAGUGUUAACCAUUUCACGUAUUCUAAAGCCUAGACCACACAAUUAAACCAAUCUAUUACAUUUUCUAAUCAACACUUCCAGUAUUUAAUGUGAUCAGAAGCUUUCAUUUUUAGAAGUGACCUUAUACCAUAAAAGAUUCAGGAGUGUGAACACUACUGAGGCUAUUGCUACCAUCUGUAGCAACAUCUAUUCUAUGCAUUGGUGUAUACUGUAAAAUAUAACAUUACUAAAAAAAUUAGUGCACCAACAUCUGAACUUAAAGUAUAAAGGACGCUUUUUCUUCAUAUCAUACAGCUAAGGGCUUGGCUGACAAUAAGCUCCCACUAUAAUAAACCUCUUCCCCUAAUUGAAGACCUUACAUUAUAAUUAAAGGACAAGCAUGCUCAUUUGUUUAUUGAGUAAGCUCCCCACUGCUCUAGAAUCUAAGGUUGUGUAAAAGCAAUGCAUUAAUUUAACUUAUGCCGCCAAAGUUAGAUAAAAGCAAAUUUCAAAGCCCCAUGUUUGGCAAAGUAUGAUUUAGCAAGGCUUAGUAUUUGUCAUUUGGCUGAGAGAAGUCAGAAGUCAAUAAAGAGGAUUGCUUCCUUGGGUAAAGACCUUAAGCAAAUUAACACCGCUAAAAAAGUUAAGCAAUUUCCAGUCCCUCGUGUUCAGCAACACCCAGUUAUUUAGCCUGUGCCAAGCAAGAGACACAGAAACCUUCAUCUCAUAACAUAAGCAAAAUUCUGGCACAUGGACAGUACACAUGAAAAGGGUCCAAUUCUUUCUUACCUUUAAGUAGCGGCUAUAACUAUAUAAAAACCAUUUUGCUGAAAUGUAUUCAAACUCAAUGGCACUUCACAUUAAUCAACACAGAGGUAAAUAGUAUUUCUGUAGAAAAAAUGAGUUUACUAUAAUGUGUAAAAAAACGGCUUAAGCAUUUUCCACAGUGUAUGCACCACCUGGGCAAUUACUCAGACUGCACUUCUCACAAUAUUGGAAUCACCAUGUGGAAAAUCACAACACAGAAAGCAGCAUUUGUGUGUUUAGGGAAAGGCAUGCAGUCUAGCUAUUACUGUGUAAAUGUAAUGGGCCACGAUUUAUCUUUAGGCCUUGAAUUAAAGAUCGUGUCAGACACUUGCAUUUCUAAAUCAUCAGUAAGCAAAAAAAGCACAGAGUAGAAAUUAAAACAACAGGUAAUAGAUUACAUAACAGAAACAGAGUUAAAAAUAAAUUUACAGGGGAGCUUAUUCCUAUAAAAACAGAAGUUCCACACCACAGGCUUUUUAAAGAGAAACUCUAUAAUGUAAUAAUACAAUUCCAUCUUGGGUGUUUCUGAUGCCUAAUACAACUUCAUUAAAAAGCAAUGAAUAAAUCUCCCUCUAGAAAAAGCUAAGCCAAUUGUAUAUUUCAC